UUUUAAUCUAAAUCUUAAUGAGCAAGUAAUCACAGCGAUAAGAUUGCUUUUCUAGUUGCCAUAAAUUUUUAUAAUCUUUAGAUAAGCCCUCAAUUGAGCUACUGGCUAAUCUGAAAGAUAAUUCAGUUUAUUUCAGGCUGUUGAGCAUUAAGCAAAGCUCUCAAGACAUGAAGUACCCAAAAGUCACCUUAACCUCAAUCUUAGUCAUCCUCACUGCAUUCUCAACUUCUAAAGCAGCAGACACAAUCUGCACAGAAACUGGAAGUGACUACUCAUGUCAAUUAGUCAAUCUAAACAUCAAUCAGCUUGAAGAUGACUUAACAAUCAACACUUCCCACAAUAUUAGCUUUACCGACUUAAAUGUCACAAUUUUAACAAUCACAAAUGAGAUUUUCAAGAUUUUCAAGCCAGAAAUUUGCGAAAAAUUCCAAAAUCUCCAACGAUUGACGAUUUCGGACAGUAAACUUGAGGAAAUCCUUCAAAACUCUUUAGAAUUUUGCACACAACUCACAGCACUGACAAUUCAAGGCAAUCCAAUCACAGAAAUUCCAGAAAAUGUCUUUCAAAAUUGCACAAAAAUCACAAGUUUGACGAUUUUUCGGAACCCAAUUAAGACUUUAACCUCAAAAUCAUUCGCAGGACUGGAAAACCUUCAAACCUUGACGAUCCGGAGGUCCAACAUAACAACAAUUGAAGAAAAUCUAUUCGAUUUAGUUCCAAACUUGACGAAUUUGCAGCUGAACCUUAAUCAACUUGAGUUUGUGGAUCUAAAUGGGAUUGGGAAGCUGAUGAACCUUGUGACAUUGAAUUUAGCUGAUAAUUUACUAAACGAUGGGGAUGUUAAGCAUGAUAAAGUCACAAUUUUUGGAACAAUAAGAUCAUUCAGCCUUAGAAUGAACAGCUUUACAGUCAUCGACCAAGAUUUAUUCAAAAAAUUUCCAAAUUUAACGUCAAUCAACCUCGAACACAACCUAAUUACGGACGUUCCAGCUGAAACAUUCGCGUCGAUGCCAAAAUUGACAAGUUUGAAUUUUUACGAUAAUCGAUACACUUCUGUGCCUGCACAUUUCCUCAUCAACAGCCCAGAUGUGACUAUGAUUGACAUUCGGAGCAAUAAAAUUGAAUUUGUGCAUCCUGAUGCCUUUGUUGGGCUGACUAAGCUUGUCAGUUUGUACAUGAACAACAGCCCUGUGGAUUAUUUAAGUCCGGCUGUGUUUAGGGACAUGACAAAUGUUUACCGAUUACUUUUGGGGUCUUGCUGGUUGACUAGAGUUGAUUCACUGACUUUUGAUGGACUUGACAAGCUUGAAGUUCUUGAUUUUUAUGCAAACCGGCUUACUGAACUGCCUGAGAACCUUGGAGGUCCGAAGAUCCGUGACUUGACGUUAAGUGCUAAUAAAUUCACGAAGAUUCAAGCUUUUUACAUGCAUCAGUUCACAGAUGUUAAGAACCUGUACCUUCAGCUCAAUGAAAUAUCCGAAAUUGAAGAAAAUUCAUUUUCUAACCUCAAAAAAUUGGAAAUUUUAAGCCUGGCCAGGAAUCAACUUACAUCAAUUCCAGCUGAUUUAUUUAUAAUGAAUGAGAAUUUGCAGGAUUUGUUCCUUGAAGGCAAUGAGUUGGUGACAAUUGACUCAAAUCCAUUUAGAAGUUUGACAUUGUUGGAGAUCCUUUAUAUAUCUGAGAAUCCACUGACUCACUUGGGUGACAAAACUUUCGAAAAUAACCAGAACUUACAAUACUUAGCAAUUUAUUCCGCAAACUUGCCAAAUCUUCAUGAAAAUAUUUUCAAAAAUUUAACAAAUUUAGUCCAACUUGAGCUUCAGAAUAACAAAUUGACAAACUUGCCAGAAGGCAUUUUCAGUUCCUUAACAAAUCUUGGCAACUAUGACUACACGUGGUUUGAACUUAGCGGCAACAACAUCACAAAAUUAAACUCAAACUCAUUCACAGCCAUGAAUUAUCUUGAGAAGAUGUUCAUUAAUGACAAUGGAUUGAUGGCUGUCGAAAGGAACUUCUUUGACAAUUUUCCAAAUUUAAAGGAGCUUUAUGCUGACGGGAAUGGAUGUGUGAAUAAGAAUUUUAGAGGAAUCGAGAAGAUUGAGGAUAUUUUGGUGGACUUUGAGGUGUGUUUUGAUAAUUGGAAUGUAAUGGAAGCUACAACAACAACUGAAGACGCUGAAACAACAAAUGAACCAGAAUUAACAACACCUGAACCUCCAACAACGACUACUGUGACACAAGAAACAUCCACAACCCCUGGAAGUGGAAUCAACGUCCAAAUUUCAAUUGUUGUUUUGGUUUUUGGACUUUUUGCUGCAAUUUUGUAAUUCUUUGAAUUCUUAGUGCAGUGGUGCUCAACCUGUUUGGACCAAGACACUCAUCAUUGGCUAAAAGCAGGGGCGUAGCCAGGAAUUUAGAGUG